CAAAGUUUAACCAACUCUCGCGAGACAGGGCGACACUGGGCGCCACGCCGACUGCCCCGUCCAAAGGUACGCUCGCUUCCUGCCCGACGGAGCGGGGCGAGCAGGUAAAUGGGCGCGAGGACCGCGUCCCGCUGCAGCUGCAAACUCUCACGGAUUCGCCCAAGUGCGCGUGAGAAGUUCGCUGAACAGCCCGCGCGCUCGGCAUUUCGUAACUGACCUACUUAACUUAAGACGGAGACAAACAAGGCAGUUAAACGGAACUUAGAGACGUCGGGUUCACGGGAGCCGCACGCCGCAGUUCUGCACCUGCACAGGUAACCGCGACUCACCUGGAGCGCCGCGGGGGGUGACGCGCCGACAAUGGAGCCGCCUUCAGCGUCCGCCGCUGCCCGAGCGAUGUUUUUAAUGCUCACACCCAAUGAGUCGUCCUUUGAGAAGGUGGAGGAUGUUCCUCUGUAUGUGCAGCAGGCCACUCCUGUCUUUGUGGGAUUGAUGCUGCUGGAGCUGCUGGUGGGUGUGUUGAAGACAGGAGCUCCAGUGAUCACCAUCAGUGACGGUCUGACCUCCAUAUCUGCUGGAAUGAUCUCCAGACUCCCUUAUUUGUUGAUGAGAGGCUGUGAGCUGUCUGCUUACGUGUAUGUGUGGAACCAGCACCGCUUGGUGGAGCUGCCCUGGGACUCUCCCUGGACCUGGUGGUUCACCUUGUUGGGAGUGGACUUCGGCUACUACUGGGUGCAUCGCACGGCUCACGAGGUGGCCAUCCUUUGGGCCGCUCACCAGGUUCACCACAGCUCUGAGUACUACAACCUCACCACCGCUCUCAGACAGUCCCUCACCCAACAGUUCGCAUCCUGGAUUUUCUACCUGCCCCUGGCUCUGGCUGUGCCUCCAUCUAUAUUUGCUGUGCACAUCCAGUUAAAUCUGCUGUAUCAGUUCUGGAUCCACACAGAGUUGAUCAGAGAUCUUGGACCUUUGGAAUGGGUCUUCAACACCCCAAAGCAUCACAGAGUUCACCACGGGCGGAACAUCUACUGCAUUGACAAGAACUAUGGCGGAAUCCUGAUCAUUUGGGAUCGACUUUUCGGUACGUUUGCUGAGGAGAAAGAGAAAGUCAUCUACGGCCUGGUGUUCCCAAUCAACACGUUUCAGAUCCUCCAUGUUCAGUUACACUAUUAUUUGGAUUUGUGGAGAAGGUCCGACACCUACAAGACCUUCAGUGACAAAUUGUCAACUUUCAUCAAGGGCCCAAGUUGGCAACCUGGUAAAGCUCGGCUGGGCGACUACGAGAACAAUCCCAAGGUCACCGGCAAGGAAGUGCCUCAUUAUCCCAUCUGGCCGCUGCAUCUACAAGUUUAUGUGGUCAUACAUUUUCUGCUGGUGCUGUUUAUUUACCACGAUUUGUUCGAACACAAGAUGAUGCUGUCCCAGCUCACCAUUCUGGGGAUGACCAGCUACAUUCUGCUCACUCUCACCUCCCUGGGCUUCAUCAUUGACCAGAGGCCCACGGCAGCUGUCCUGGAGAUGCUCCGCUGUGUUGUCAUGGUGACGAUGCAGAGGUAUAGCCUCAUGAAGCCCUUGUAUCCAUCACUGGCUGUGCCCACAGAGCGUCCGUGCCGACAGUGAGGAGGAAAUGUCCAGUAUGUAUUUAGAGGACGAGGAGGCCUUUGUCUCCCUCUCUCUGCUGUACUGGGCUCUGCAGAGCUUCUCUCUGCUGCUCAGCACUAAGAAGAAAACCACCUGAGGCCACGCCGGACGACACACACUGACCUUUGAAAGUGAUAAUUGAUGAUGUGAUUGCAAGGUAACAUCUUUUCUGAGCUACUAAAUACAACCUCACCUGUUUGUUCCGCGCGGAGGAGCCGGACGGAACGCAACCAAAGCCUUAUUGACUAACCAGAAAAAGGCAGGUGCUAAAAGUCUUUAUCCAAAAUAUGUCUUGUGCUUUUGUUAAAAUGAUUCUUUUAUAAUCGCUUGCUGUAGUUUGGAUGCAGGAACUAAUCAAUAAUAACAUUUUGUGUCACAUGCACUAUGAUAUAUAUGUUUUUGGUGUCAUCUAUGCAACUCAUACCUCUAAAAACAUGCUGUUCUUUGCUGUACUGCACAACCAUGUACAGUUUGUUUUCCAUUUCUCAUUCCAAUAAACACUGAAAAUUGUCCUUUACAACGA